AUGGAUCGAGGUAAAGCUUCUCCAAUUCUGGCCCCUCGACAUGAUUCCUCCAGCCGUGUUGGCAAGCCAGAGUCCGCUGCCGAGAAGCUCGCAUCAUUGAAAGCUAGAGUCGCAGCUGCGGUCGGCGGCAGUAAGGCAAAGGGUGGAUUGAAUGCCGGUUUACAUCCUAUGCUUGCAAAGGGAGGUUUGAAUGUAGAUCUCCAUCCAGCACUGCAAGACCUUGGACAAUACAAACCCUCAAAAUCAACCGCGCCCAAAUUCGCAACCAGCAUCGGAAAUGCUCGUCCUCAACAAGAAAAAGCGGCUGCGAAGCCUAGGAAACAACUCGAUAUUUUGGGGCCCUCUACGGAAGAGAUUCGCAAUAAUCCAUAUUUUGACAUGAGCCUAGGUGGGCAAACAGCGACUCCGAAAAAUAGACAUUCAAGACAGCUAGUUUUUAAUCAGAAGGGUAAAUAUAUACAGCAAGCGAAUGCACUUCGGAGACAAGCCGCCCUAGAGGCUAUGAAAAAGCGCAUCGCCGAGUCGUCGCGCAAGAUUGGUAUUGACGAGGAUAUCGAUACCGAGAAGAAAUUCCUUGUGGAAGCACCACCUGAAAUCGAAUGGUGGGAUGAGGGCUUGGUGGAUGGCAAGAACUAUGAUGAUAUUUCGAGUCCAAAGACACUCAAAAUCGGCACCCCAGACUCCAUUAUUACAGAAUAUGUUCAGCACCCGGUUCUCCUCGGACCUCCCCAAGAAAAGAAUGCGCCUGCGCCUAAACCUAUGUUUUUGACUGCAAAAGAGCAAGCUAAAUUACGGAGGCAGCGUCGGAUGGCCGAACUCAAGGAACAGCAAGCAAAGAUCAGACUAGGAUUAGAACCCGCACCGCCUCCAAAGGUCAAGAAGGGAAAUCUUAUGCGUGUAUUAGGGGAAGAAGCUGUCAAGGAUCCAACUGCAGUCGAAGCUCGUGUCAACCGAGAAAUUGCAGAUCGUCACCAGAAGCAUGUCGAGACGAAUCAGGAACGAAAGUUAACAAAAGAACAGAGACACGAGAAAUUAGCUGCCAACCAGGAGAAAGACGCUCAAAAGGGUAUUCAUGCUUUGGUGUUUAAGAUUGACAACCUUGCGAACGGUAGUCACAGAUUUAAAAUAGCUAAAAACGCAGAACAGCAUGCUCUCACGGGCAUCUGUAUUUUGCAUCCGAGAUUUAACUUGGUGAUUGUCGAAGGCGGCGAGCACAGUAUCCGGCAAUACAAAAAACUUAUGAUGCAACGAAUAGACUGGACCGAGAACUCGCCCACGCGAAUUAAGGAUGGUACAAAGGCAGACGCAUUACAGGAUUGGUUAAAGGCAGAAGAUGAGAAGGGAGAGCUAAAAGAUAUGACUUUGAACAGAUGCCAACUGGUAUGGGAAGGAGAGCAGAAGUCUAGGGCUUUCAGGAAGUGGCAAAGUAAAGUGUGUGAGACAGAUAGUGCAGCUCGAGAUGCUUUGACAAGGUCAAAGAUGGACAGCUUUUGGACCGUGGCGAAGAGCAUGAAUUAG